CGUUCUGUUGGCAGUAUGGACAACUUAGUGCAAAAUGUCUACCUGCUGAGAGCUCUACUGUCAAAUUCACGUAAACACAGUGAUGGUGAUAUUGUAGGACAUAACGUAAAAUGUAAGUGUUAAAAUACGAGCGAACCGAAAAAUGGCUCAAGGAGUGCUUAGCUCCGACAUAUCGAGGAGAAAUCCUCAAGACGAAUAUGAGCUCAUCCAGCGCAUUGGCAGUGGAACUUAUGGGGAUGUCUAUAAGGCGAAGAGGCUUAGUAUAAAUGAUUUAGCAGCAAUCAAAGUGAUCAAACUGGAGGCUGGAGAUGAUUUUGGUGUGAUACAGCAAGAAAUUUUAAUGAUGAAAGACUGCAGACAUCCAAAUAUUAUUGCUUACUAUGGUAGCUACUUAAGAAAAGACAAACUAUGGAUUUGCAUGGAGUACUGUGGUGGAGGCUCACUACAGGAUAUCUAUCACAUCACAGGCCCACUUACAGAAGUGCAAAUAGCCUAUAUGUGUAGAGAAACCUUGCUGGGCUUGUCUUACUUGCACCAGAUGGGUAAAAUGCAUAGAGAUAUUAAAGGAGCAAAUAUUCUACUCACCGAAACCGGCGACGUGAAGCUUGCUGACUUCGGCGUCUCUGCGCAGAUCACGGCCACUAUCAACAAACGCAAAUCAUUCAUCGGCACGCCGUAUUGGAUGGCACCCGAAGUGGCGGCUGUGGAGCGAAAGGGCGGCUACAAUCAGCUGUGUGAUAUCUGGGCGAUCGGCAUCACAGCCAUCGAACUCGCCGAACUACAGCCACCAAUGUUUGAUCUGCAUCCGAUGCGCGCACUCUUCCUCAUGUCCAAGAGCGGUUUCAAGCCGCCGACGCUCAAGGACAAAGAUAAAUGGAGUUUGACUUUUCACAACUUCGUCAAGGUGGCCCUCACGAAGAAUCCAAAGAAACGCCCGACCGCUGAGAAACUCCUGCAACAUGCAUUCUUUCAAAUGGGAAUGUCCAAACGACUUGCCACGGAUUUACUACAGAAAGUGAAUAAUCCAUCUCACAUGUUCACCGAUUUGGAACCUGAUGAAGAUGGAUCUGUACCGAAUGUGCCACAAAGAAUAGCAUCGCGUCUAACGAGCCGCGCACGCAGCCGAAUUGCACUGUCGCCCUCGUCGGACAUCGAAUGUAUCGACGAGUCCAACAACACGCUGCAGAAGCCAGGCCCGUCGAACAACAUACUCGAGGACGAGCUUGAAACUCCACAGCAAUGGGAUAUUAUGGAUAUUAUGAACAAUGUGACGACAGUGCACAGCUGUGGCGAACAUCAAAAUCAAAUGUGCGGCAUUGGUACGGCGUUCGAUUCGUUGAAUCGCGAAAAUGAUGAUGAUGAUGAGGAUGGUGGCGAGAGACGCGCGCUGACUGGUUCGCAAAUAUUAAAAAUGUCACUCAGGAGUCUCUUGCAGUACAUAGACGAAGAGUUAAUGUUGAGGGGCGCCUACAAAUAUCAGCCUAGUGAUUCGUACACGCAACAGGCUACGCUACCUGUGCAAGAUAGCGAUCCGAACCUGCACGGCAAGUGCGAUCUACACAGCAUUCCCUCUAGUCCUACCGGUGAUAGCAACUCGUUGAACGGCUCGCCGCGGCGGCGUUCCGUCGAUGAGAUAUUCGGCAUCAACAAUAUGAGCCUUAAUGGCCAAAGGCAAAGGUCUCUCAGUGAUAGUGGGCGAGCCGAACGAAAUGGAACUGAUUGCGAUGAGACUAACAAUCAUGACGUAAGCGCGCCAGAUUUAGUCGCCUGCCCGCCGGUGCCACCACGUAAACAUCGUCGGCGGCACACACCUCCAAGACCACCUAGCAAUGGUUUACCACCUACGCCAAAAGUGCAUAUGGGGGCAUGUUUCUCUAAAGUUUUUAAUGGCUGCCCGUUACGCAUCCACUGCACGGCAUCGUGGAUUCACCCGGAGACGCGUGAUCAGCAUAUUCUCAUCGGCGCCGAGGAAGGUGUCUAUAACUUGAACCUGAAUGAAUUGCAUGAAACUGCGAUUGAUCAAUUGUACGCACGACGAACUGUGUGGAUGUACGUAAUUAAAGAUGUUCUCAUGACUCUAUCAGGUAAAACACCACAGUUAUUUCGACAUGAUUUACUCUCUCUGCUGAAUAAGCAAUCGCAUAGAUUCAGUUUGCAUAUGAAUAAAAUCCCAGAAAGAUUAGUGCCGCGAAAGUUUGCGCUCACAACGCGAGUGCCCGAUACGAAAUUGACGCAGAAAUGUUGUGUUGCCCGCAAUCCAUACAAUGGAUAUAAAUAUUUGUGUGGAGCUACCAAUACUGGCAUCUAUUUGAUGCAAUGGUACGAUCCGCUCAACAAGUUUAUGUUAUUAAAGCAUGUCGAAUACCCGUUCAACACACCGCUACAAGUGUUCGAGAUGAUCAUCACGCCAGAAUUAGAAUAUCCGAUGGUUUGCAUUUCGGUAAAGCAAGCUUAUCAGCCUAAUAGAUACAAAUUAGAUUUAAUUAAUAUGAAUUCCGGUUCGAAUUGGUUUCAUUCGGACGAACUGCAAGACAUGGAUGGUUCAGCGACUGUGAUUCCGAAACGUGAAAAUCUGCAAAUUGUUAAUGUGACACAAAUUGAAAAAGACUCGAUACUAGUUUGCUACGAUAAUUUAGUGAAAAUUAUUAAUCUGCAGGGGAGGCUUAGGGUUAACAAGAAACUAGUAUCUGAACUGAGAUUUGAUUUUAAUAUAGAGAGCAUAAUCGUUUUACCCGAUAGCGUGCUGGCAUUCCAUAAACACGGAGUCCAAGGGAGAUCGUUUAAGAAUGGUGAUAUCACGCAGGAGAUAACUGAUAUUUCCAGAACGUACAAGUUACUAGGAUGGGAUAAAGUUGUUAUGUUGGAGAGUAAUCUACUAAAAACAAGCACACUAACGCAGGAGGAAGGACACGACUUGUACAUCCUUGCCGGUCACGAGGCCAGCUAUUAAACGCAACCAAAAACGUACACGUACCGUAAUAGCAUUCACACCACAUACAACCAACACACAAACACCAUUUACAAUUGUUAGAUAAUCAUCCAAUCAGCAAUCGUUCAGACAUCCACAGAUUACACAUACAAUAGUUAGUGAAUCCUCGGCGUUCUUUUUCUUUUUGUUAUAUUUUUUCGUAGUCUAAUAUAAAGUAAGGAAUAAUCAUUCUAGCAUAAGGAAGUAUUCAACAAAGUACUAAGACAGGACGAAACACGCGAAAGUAAAAUAAUAAAAAUAAAACAAUAUAUAAAUAUAUAUAAAUAUGAGAAAUAAAAUGAGAUUUUAACAACUAUAAGCGAUCGAAGCGUUAUGCGUUCUAAAUAAUAAUUUGCGUUCUUCACACGUGGAUAAAGCGUAGCUGUAGUCAAGUAACGUUGUCAUAUUACAAUUAAUAAUCGAUAUACCUCAUCCUCCCCAAGAACACAAAUAAUAAGAAAAUCUAUUUUCAAAGAUUAAAAGAGUUGACUCUAAUCAAGCAAGAAUUAAAAAUUAUUAUCAUGCGCGAGUGUAACUAUUAUCGCAGAUUAAAGAAAGACAAAUACAAACAGAGAAAUUUAUUGCAUGAAUAUUUUAGAUAAAAAUUAUCGUAUCACCCCCGUACAACACUAUCAUUGAUAUGGAUAUUACUACAAAUUAUAAAAGAUAUAUAUUUAAAUCUAAAAACGAGGGGCGGUAGUGUUGCUACUAAUAAUUGUUGAAUGUAGCACUCUUGAAAUAUCCUAAUUAAAUGUUCAACGUACAAUGAUAGUCAUGGUGUCGAUUUGAUUAUAGAUCACACGGAACAAGCUCUCUCUGAGUACCAAAUGUCAUGUUUAUAUAUUAAAAAAGAGAAACUUUUGAGUUAUUCGGUGCUUUUUCUAUUAUUGUAAAUUGGUUUUUAUUAUUUUUGUAUAUUCCAAUUAAUUUAAUUUAUUGUUGUAUUUUUUUCCCGCAAAAUAUUGCCACUUUCAUAGUGAUCUAUAAUUACAAUUGAUAAUGAAAUAAAUCAACUUAAAAAAUUACCAUUUCAAUAAAAUAAUCAUAAUCGAGUCUAUAAAUGUCGCUAAAUUCUUUUGUAAAUAAUGUACAUUAUGUUUAAAAAUAAACUACAACUGAAUACGAGUUUAAAAUACCAAAAAUUAAUAUAUUACGUUCAAGUUCCACUCACACACGAAUAUUAAAGAAUUAAAACACGAAAAAUCAAUUCUAGUUAUAUGAUGAGACGUCUAAUGUUAGAUUACAGUUUAAGCAUAGAAAGGCAAAAUUUCAACGGUUAAUUAUGGUUUAAUCUCAAUAUGUGCAAUAAAAUGUAAUGAAUCCGACGAUUAACGGUGACCAAUGAGUGUGACAACUUGUAGAGCGAUAGCGAUUUAUCCAUCAUCAUGUACUUAUAUAGAAAGUUGCAACUACACUAGUAUUUUUGAAUCGCAUUACAUUUCAAGACAAUUCAAGCCAAUUCAAGUUCUAACAUUAUAUAUGGAUGUAAACGAAAUGCUGAAUUAUACAAAAACGAAAUAUAAAUGUGACUAAUAGGUACAUAAAUAUAUUUUUAAAGUGUAAAGUUUAGACUUUAGUUCGUUUAGAUGUCGAAGAUGUUGAAGUACAUUGUUACGUAUGUUUAUGAUUAUUUAUUGUAUCGAAUAUAAUAAUUUAUUUCAUAGUCGUUCAUUGUUAUUAUAGUUUUAGCUUUAUUUAGAUAUUUAGAAUGUAAUUGUAAUAUUGAUUUUAAUACAAUAUUAAUGACUUUGUGUAUUUUAUUAUAAAAAUAAACAAGUUAUUGAAA